AUGGCAAUACAAUUUCUUUUCCUCAUAUCCAGACAGGGCAAAACGAGGUUGUCGAAAUGGUACCAGACAAUACCCCAGAAACAAAAAGCCAAGAUCAUCCGCGAUUUAUCAACCAUAAUCUUAUCCAGGAGAGCUAAAAUGUGUAAUGUGUUAGAAUAUAAGGACUUGAAAAUCAUCUAUCGAAGAUAUGCCUCGUUAUUCUUUGUCAUUGGUAUUGACAACGAUGAUAACGAGCUAAUUGGACUCGAAGUCAUUCAUCGGUUUGUUGAACAAAUGGAUAAGAUGUAUGGGAAUGUUUGUGAACUAGAUAUAAUAUUUGGGUUUGAAAAAGCAUACCAUGUUUUGGACGAAUUGUUGCUUGAUGGAUAUAUUCAAGAGAGCUCGAAAAAAGAGGUGUUGAAACGAGUGACGCAGCAGGAUGAGUUGGAGAAUAUGGAUGAAUUUGAAAGAGUGCUUGUCUAG